UCCCCUCCUGGUGCCACCAUGGCCCUGAUGUCCCCAAGGCCACCACUGUCACCUCAGUGUCACCUCUGCUCUCGUGUCCUCUUCUGGCGCCACCAUCGCCUCAGUGUCCCCAAGGCCACCAUCACCCUGAUGUCCCCAAAGUUUGUGUCCCCUCCUGGUGCCACCAUUGUCCUGAUGUCCCCAAGGCCACCAUCACUCAAUGUCCCCAAAGUCUUUGUCACCUCAAUGCCACCCUUGGCUUUGUGUCACUUUCUGGUGCCACCAUCACCCCGAUGUCCCCAAGGCCACCACCAAUCAAUGUCCCCAGGGCCUUGUGUCCCCUCCUGGUGCCACCAUCACCCCACUGUCCCCAGGGCCACCACUGUCACCUCAGUGUCACCUCUGCUCUCGUGUCCUCUUCUGGUGCCACCAUCGCCUCAGUGUCCCCAAGGCCACCAUCACCUCAAUGUCCCCAAAAUCUUUGUCACCUCAGUGCCACCCUUGGCUUUGUGUCCGUGUCUGGUGCCACCAUGGCCUCAAUGUCCCCAAGGGCACCACUGUCACCUCAGUGUCACCGUUGCUCUCGUGUCCUCUUCUGGUGCCACCAUCGCCUCAGUGUCCCCAAGGCCACCAUCACCCCGGUGUCCCCAAAGUUUGUGUCCCCUCCUGGUGCCACCAUCACCUCAAUGUCCCCAGAGUCUUUGUCACCUCAAUGUCACCCUUGGCUUUGUGUCACUUUCUGGUGCCACCAUCACCCCGGUGUCCCCAAGGCCACCACCAAUCAAUGUCCCCAAGGUUUGUGUCCCCUCCUGGUGCCACCAGCACUCAAUGUCCCCAGGGCCACCAUUGUCACCUCAGUGUCACCUUUGCUCUCGUGUCCUCUUCUGGUGCCACCAUCACCUCAGUGUCCCCAAGGCCACCAUCACUCAAUGUCCCCAAGGCCUUGUGUCCCCUCCUGGUGCCACCAUCGCCCCACUGUCCCCAAGGCCACCAUUGUCACCCUGAUGU